CCCCGGCCGCUGCUGCGCGUCCAUGCGCGCCUCAGACGAGGGCUCCGACUCGGGCUGUGCUGGGCCGCACUAGCCCCUUUCACCGACUUGUUUUCGGGUCACGGGGCCCGCCCGGCUCUCAUGUUCCUGCAGACCGGCUGCCCGCCAAGUGGACGCCCCGACACCGCAGGCCCACGCCGCCUGCCUGCCCGCCGAGCGGGAGCCAGCCGGUUUCUGCGACAGCGGGCCCGGCUGGCCUUUGCUGACCUUGUCACGGCUCCUGCCUGCGCCUCCUGGCAGCACAUUUCUUCUCCCAGGUUUAGCCGCGGAGCAUAGAGUAGCCACGAGCACACUGGCACGUGAGACUGCUGUGAUUUUACUGCAUUUUGGAGGCAAAGAUGCCUGGGAAACGGUCCCUGAAUGCAGCGGUCAUCCCACAUGCCAAAAGGGAACGGAAGGCAGUUACCCUGGACCUAAAAUUGGAAGUCUUAAGACGAUUUGAAGUGGGUGAAAAGCUCAGCCAGAUCGCAAAGGCCUUAGGCCUCGCUGUUUCUACCGUGGCUACAAUCCGAGAUAAUAAAGAAAAAAUCAAAGCAAAUUCACAGGUAGCUACUGCCUUGAGAGCCUCCCGGUUGACUCGCCACCGAAGUGCCAUCAUGGAGACCAUGGAGCGCCUGCUGCACGUGUGGCUUGAAGACCAGAGCCAGCGAAACGUGCCCCUGAGUGUCACCAUCAUUCAGGAGAAGGCCAAGAGUUUGUUUGAUGACCUGCAGCGUGAAAGAGGCGGAAGGUCUCCCGCAGAGAAAUUCAGUGCAAGCAAAGGGUGGUUUGUGAGAUUCAAGGAGCGCCACAGUUUGCCCCACUUCACGGUGAGCAGCACAGCGCCGGGACACAAGGACGUGUAUCCAGAAGUGCUGAGAAGCAUCAUCGAAGGAGGUGAGUACAGCCCUCAGCAAGUUUUCAAUGUCGAUGAGACAGGGCUUUACUGGAAGAGAAUGCCUGAAGGAAUGUUUAUUUCUGUGGAAGAGAAAGCCGAGUCAGGCUUUAAAUCUUCCAAAGACCGCUUGAUGCUGCUGCUUGGUGGCAAUGCAGCUGGGGACUUUAAGCUGAAGCCCUUACUGGUGUACCACUUGGAAAAUCCCAAGGCUCUGAAAGGGUACUCUAAGCCCAAUCUACCUGUGAUCUGGCGCUCAAACAAAAAGGCAUGGGCAACCAGGACCAUCUUUCAGGAAUGGUUCACAUACUUCUUUUGCCCUGCCAUAGAAAAAUACUGUGCCCAAAAUCAUCUCACCAACAAAGCGCUGCUCAUCCUAGAUAAUGCACCGUGCCACCCGGUAAAUCUGGGUGAUCUGUCUGAUAACGUAAGAGUCGAAUAUCUUCACGACAGAACCGCCGACUUAGUCCAGCCCAUGGGUCAAGGCAUAACCUCUAUCUUCAAAGCUCAUUACAUGAGAAGAACUUUUGAGCACAUCCUAGAAGCAACAGAUGGAGAGGACACAGCCAUGAUCAGGGAGUUCUGGAGAAACUACAGCAUCAUGGAUGCUGUAGACAACAUUGCAGUGGCUUGGGAGGAGCUCAGACAGGCAACAAUGAACAGUGUGUGGAAGAAGAUUUGGCCGGAGUGUGUUCAGUUCCAGAGUGUUUCCCAAACAGAUAACGUUGCACAGCUUCAACAGAACAUUGUGACCCUGGCCAGGAACAUGGCUUUUGAAGAGGUUGUAGAAGCCGAUGUGGACCAGUUGCUGAGGUCCCACGAGGACGAUCUCUCAAACGAGGAGCUGAUGCAGCUGGAGCAGGAGCCCUCGGGAGAGGAGGAGAGUGAAGAUGCCGCGCCCGCCCUGCGCCAGCUAACCGCAGGAGAGCUAUCCACAGCCUUCUCACAUUUCGAAGCAGGCUUGCGAGUCCUUGCCAGUAACAGCCCUGGUGACAAGUGGAAACUGCAAGUCUCAAGAGCAGUCAGCGAGGCAAUUAACUGCUACAGGGAACUGUACAGGGAGAAGCAGCAGCGCUCAGAGCAGCUCUCCUAGGUCCUUUCUCCGUGGUGCAACCAUGUGCUCGUCAGAAGAAAGCCGGUAGUAACAAGGUGACCCCAGGGGAUGAGGCCCAGCCACGCCUCUCGACUUCUAAGAUGCCUUACAUCCCCGGAAACUCUGUUCCUGAUGUUUUCAUUUUGACACUUGACAGUAUCAAAUUUUGUCAUUAAAAUUUCAUUCAAAUACGUACUUUAGAAUAAUUGCAUGCAAGAAUACCCAGGGAAAUGUUUCUUUAAAAAGAGAA